GUCACUGUCAGCUGUGAUAACUGUCAACGUCAAUAAUGUCGACGGAUAAGUCAAUGUCAAUGUCGUGCGUCAGUUGUUCAGGUACGUUCCGAUAUAAUCACUCUAAAAAAGAAUUUAUGCUCGUAUAUUCGCCUUUUAUAAUAUCCAGUAUCAAAUAAAUCCUAUUAAUUCGCUACUUUGCAUCGAAUAAAAUAAUUCCAAUCGUUUUCAACAAGGGUUUUCCAACUUUUUUCACCCGGAUGUCGGAAGUGUCCGCCAUGUUCGCAUUUCGUGUUUUCAUCUUUCUUUUUAUGGUUUCCGUGACAGAAAGACAGCACGUUGUAGAAUUUUAACAGAUAGUUCAAGAUGGCGCCGCGGUACGAAAUAGCAGUGGGUUUACAGAAAGGACAUAAGACCACAAAGAUUUCCGAGAAAUCGAAACUGAACAAAAUUCGACCGGCCCGGUUGAAGGGGAUCCAAACCAAGCACUCCAAGUUCAUCAGAGACUUGAUCCGCGAAGUUGUCGGACAUGCUCCCUACGAAAAACGAGCCAUGGAAUUGUUGAAGGUAUCGAAGGACAAGAGGGCCCUGAAGUUCCUGAAGCGCCGUCUUGGCACCCACAUCAGAGCCAAGAGGAAGCGUGAGGAACUGUCCAACAUCCUCACCCAGAUGCGUAAACAACAAGCUACCCAUAAGUAGGUUUUUUGUAAGAGCUAAGUAAGAAAAUAAUAAAGUUUAUCACUUAUUAAACGAGUUUAUUUUAUAUGAAAUUAAUUACAACACUCCUAUGUUAUUUAUAAUGUUAUCUGCAUCGUCGACAACCGCUUCAUCCCAUGGUCCGUAGAUUGUUUCUUUAUGUUUUUGCAAUUGAACGUACAACGUAGGGCAAAUUAUACAUAUCAAAAUGGUAGCGCACAUGAAUAAACAAGUAGCUAAUUUACUGAUGGAAAUCAAUAAAUAAAUAUCGAUGAUAAAAUAAAACCACACGAAAUAAAUAGGGUGCUUUAGGGCUGUCCACAAUAUGGGAAAUAGUACAAACAUUUCGAUAGCUGCUGUCAUUAGAGCGAAAGCAUCGAAAGGGGAAGAAAGUCUGGAAGCUAGGCAAAUAGAUGCGAAAAUGGCCGUGCUAAGGGAUAUACUGUUUGAUACUAAGGCAGCACCUACUCCAUAAUCGUAAAAUAUCAUAUGCACUAAUAGCAUAAGAAAAGUGGUCAUGUAGAUGGAAUUCGUACUGACUGUAUCUGUAAGUGUAUGUAAAACAGGCGAAAACAACCUACCGACUACUACAAACGUUAUGAUAGUCCUCAGAUCGUUUCCGAGCUUCAAUUUGAUAUUUUCGCUGAAAAUGAGCAAGUAAUACAGGAAUCCUAGAACUGUUACAACACUAGUAAAACUCAGGAGCGUACUGGGGUUUAUCCAGUCAUUUAGUAGAUAAAAAUAUAUCGUAACGAACGUUACGACAUUGCAAAACUCCUGCAAAAACAGUAAUGAAUAAAGAAACGAUUCGAGGAAUGUUACUUCCUUGAAGUCGAUGUUUUUCUUCAAGUCUUGCAGGAAUAUUUUCUUAUCGCUGUAGUUGUCUGCGUACGGUUGUUUUUCGUAGAGGAUUUUUUUCCAAGGCGGUUUGGAAUCCAUGGCUGUUAAUUAAGGUUAAUCAUAUUAUUCGGUAAAUAAUUAUAAAUUCUAAUAAAUUAGGUUAUGUA